CUGGAAGUGGUCCGAACGAGAUGAUCUCGCUUGCCCACGUCAAGUCGAGCCAGUUGCAGGACGCCGCGGCUGUCGCUGCGAAAAGGAUAGCGUGGCCGGGGGGUAGCAUUACGUCCAACAAGGAAGAGGCGCUCCAAAAAUUUCUUGAACGCAAGAAAGCUGCGGAAGACCGCGCCGCCGGAGGUGUCGUCACGACUCCCACCGCUCAGCAAUCGUCGCGUGCCAAGUUGACGAAGCAUCACCAUUCUCCAUCAAAGACUGGGAAAGGGCGCGUUGCCGCAGGACAUGGAGCGAGAUACACACGUGAAGUCAAGCCUAAACUGUUCAAGAAGCGCCACAUGGUGAACAAGCAACCCAAGUUUGUCAAGCGCGCGGGCAAGAAACUUCACCACGCGUCCGACGAUAAUGAAGGGAGCGCACCUUUACCGACGACGGCAAAGCUCUCGAUGUCGUUGGACGACAUUGUGAAGAAGAAGAAGUAGCCGAGACGGUGUAAUCAACAUGCCAUUGUCAUGUUGAUCCUCGCUGCGCGACCGUGAACGGGGAGCCGCCACAUACAUACGACGGACGCGUCGCUGCCCUCAAGCACAGGAGAGACGAUGCCUCGAGUGUGACGUUGCCGAAGAACGGAUUCAACGAUGGCUUUGCGCUUCCACCGUCGUCAUGCUGAUAUCGCCCAGGUGCAUGUGCGGCUCGUACGACCUGGCGCUUGUGUCCCGAAGACGUCUAACAUAAUGGCUUCGUUCUGGCGGGAGUCGUCAGGUCACAAGCUUUAGGCGGUACGUCUACACGACGAAAGGAUAUCCGCGCAAUGCACGUCAAAGGGCGUGGUCGAUCACGAGCUCUUCCGCUGAAGGUCAUCUGUGUGCAGCGAACAACACGUGGUCAUGCACCGCCACCCUUUCAGCACCCAAUGUCGAUCCCUUCCCCAGACAAAGCCAGCUCUUACUAGCACCUUUUGCCCCGAUGCGAUGGAUGAGCUUGGAUGCCAUCGUUCUUGAGGCGAUGCUUUCGGAUGUGCAUCGACUCGAUGGGCUUCUUGUGCCUUCAAUUGCGGCAUACUCCCAUCAACCCCCGUGGCAGUUGAAAUACCACCCAACCAGUACUUGGAGAUCGACAGGUGCCGCGCCAGAGAGCUGAAGUGAUUGUAGCGGCAUACACCCAAGGCGAAGAGUAACUCGGUCCAAUUUGCUAUGAAAUUCGCUACCUCGCGAAACGCCACUGCGCUCCCUUACGCGGCGAACGCAACGAUCUUUUGCAUGAGCGAUGGGAAAGUCGCCAUGAAGUUGAAUCCAAUCUGGUGAAAGAUAUCCCAGUUGUCGCAGGCCCCGAACAUGGUCAUGAAGAAGAGCACGGAGAGGACUUUGCCUCGCUCGACCUGCGCCAUCAAGUCAUCCUUGGCUACGAUCACUCCCUUGGCGGCGCAAGCGUCGAUGUAGCUCUGGACAAAGUGGUCGAGAUCGUCCUGCGACCACGGCACUCGUUGCAUGUCUCGGUUGUUGGCCAUGUAUCCGAUGUCCGCGCCUCGGUAGCACAAAUUUGCUCCGUCAAAGUCAAUGAUCUGGACGUGGGUUGGACUAAAGUAGAGUACGUUGGCGCUUCGAAGGUCGUUGUGCGACAACACGAGCUCGGACGAGGCGGGGAAGCACUUGUU